AUGAAAGUCACCCUCACUACCCUCACGGCCCUCGCGCCCCUCAUCAUCACCGCCUCCGCCCAAGCCAGCGGCUCCGGCUCCACAACCCGCUACUGGGACUGCUGCAAGCCCUCCUGCGCCUGGCCCGGCAAGGGCAGCCUCGCCAAGGGGCCCCUGGGAACCUGCGACAGGAGCGACAACCCGCUCAACGACGGCGGGUCGACUCGGUCCGGGUGCGACGCCGGCGGCAGCGCCUACAUGUGCUCGAGCCACAGCCCCUGGGCCGUCGACGAUAACCUCUCGUACGGGUGGGCCGCCGUGCGGAUUAACGGGCAGACGGAGAACGAUUGGUGCUGUGCUUGCUAUGAGUUGACGUUUACGAGUGGGCCAGUUAAUGGGAAGAAGAUGAUUGUGCAGGCGACGAAUACUGGGGGGGACUUGGGGCAGAAUCACUUUGAUAUUGCGAUGCCCGGCGGUGGUGUCGGCAUCUUCAACGGCUGCACCGACCAGUGGGGAUCCCCGCCAAACGGCUGGGGCGAGCGCUACGGAGGCAUUAGCAACGGUGCCGACUGCGACAGCUUCCCUGAGAAGCUCAAGGCCGGCUGCAAGUGGCGAUUCGACUGGUUCGGCGGCGCCGAUAACCCGUCCGUCACCUUCCAGCAGGUGCAGUGCCCUGCCGAGCUUGUCGAGAAGUCUGGAUGUCAGAGGAAUGGGAUUUGA